AUGUCGCCACAGGCUCUGUCGCCACAGAGCACCGGCACAAUGAAGAAGAGUUUCAGCAGUGGGACGUUGCAAAAGUCUGGACAGGCUACCAUCACAAGCCCGAUGGCAGCAGACAUAGAGAUGCCGAAGCUUCCAAAGUAUCUCAAUGUUACCAACCUGACAAAAUUUAGGAAGCUGCCGAGCAGCACAGGCAACCUUCAUGGUUGGCUGGCAGAGGACUAUAGUCAGAUCAACUGGCCACUGCCGAAGAUGUUCGGCAAGGAGAAGUAUGGAUACAGUAUGAUCGAUAUAGACGAUCCUCGGUAUAUCAAGGAGUGCGCCUUGAUGUCGCAAAAGCUCGUACGGUUGCACUAUGAUCAGCAGAUCAUCGACUAUACGUGGAGAAACACGUAUAAAGCCCUACUGACCGCAGAGCACCGCCAGGCGACUUUGCCAAACAACUGUGCUCAGAAAACAAGGGACUUGAUGAAAAAGGAGGUGGAUUCUUGCAUGAAGCAGUUGCUGGAACUACAACAGCAGAAGGACAUGUACGAGCAGCAGAUCAAAGAAAUCUACGAUAGAUGCGAUGCCAUCAAGGCAACCAUCAAGAAGGAGAACGACUUGGAAGAUCUCCGGUUGACGAUGGAGAAGCAGACCAAGGAGAAGAUCUCCAGUGACUCGCCUUUUUGGAAGGCCAAGUUCAAUAUCCGCUCUGUAAAUGCGCCGCCGAGGUGUACUGACUCGCUAGGGGUUCUGGCGCUGGAUCAAUCGACUACUAGGUGUGCAGCCUUGCCCCUGAGAUGGGCUUGGCGGAGAGCGAUGAAUUGUGCGACGGAGUCGCGGGCUCGGAAGUGCGAGUUUGCCGACUUCGCCGCUGCGGCUGGCCUCGACCUAGUGGGCGCGGCCAUUUAUGUCGACAUCGGCGUCUGCAACCUCGCCUGGGGAGAUGCCUGCGACGGAGAGAUCGCCGUGCAGCCCACGUCGCGGCGCGGGCCUAUUGAAACGCCGCCUGAGACGUGGGCUGAGGAAUCGCUCGCCGCCCAGGCGGCUGCGUCUGUGGUGCCCAUCCCUGACAAGGUGGCGCAAGACUUCCCGACCGCGGUGCCGGGCGGCUCCUCCGCCCUUCGUGCCACAGCCGCCGCGGCCUAUGACCGCCUGACCCAGGUGGUGGAGAUUCAUCGCCAGAGAAAACGCUCAGAGGAGCAUGGCUGGGAUGCGGCAACUGGCCUAUGUGCCUUGGCCAGCCAAAUUGAGCGUCAGCUGGCGGAACAGUUCGCCAUUGAAGCGGCCGAAACCCUGCGAUCGCCAAGCCACCGUGGCGAAUGGGAAAGAGGGCGCGCCCAGAGCGGUCACAAGAGUGGCGCUGUCAGCGCCGGAAACUGCUCACCCGCCCGGGCAGGCAGGCUCCCUCGACAUCCUCCUCGUGGUGACGUCGACUGGGUGAGCGCGCGGCGUGCCACGCCAGGACUGGAUGAGUCAGGGGUGCCCGAUGUACAACCCUUAAGAGUCCUGGGAAACAGCGGCGCCAAGAUAGCUGAGCUUCAGGCACGCAGGCUCCACAUGGGCAAGAAGGGGCAGGCAGCUGCGCCAGAGGCUGUCGAGGAUCCAACUGACGAUGAAGAGGAACGAGAGGUGGAUGCUCCACUUCCACCCGAGGCAGCCUCCAAGAUUCUUGAGGCCUUGGACUGGCAGGUUUGUGUCAUGCCUUCGACCCGGCAGAGAUACUUCUAUUCCAAGACAAGGCGGCAGGCACGAGUGCAGCCGCCCUACCAUUCCAUUUUGGGCUUGGAGGAGGCCAACUUCCGAAACCUGACCAAAGACGACCUCUGGAAGGCAUUCUUUGAGAAGAGGGUGCAGUACAAACGUCGAGAGGCAAACGGCUCGCUCUCCGAGGAGCUAGAGAACUCCAGCGACCAAGUGGACUGGGACUUGGUGAUGGAGGCAUUCCAUGUCCUGUCCGGGCACGAGGCGCGCUCGGCCUACGAGCAGGGCAAUCUGGCUUCCCAUGCACAGCGGCAGCUUCUUGGGCUUAGGGUCAUGCACGAAGCCAGGGUCCAAGAGGAGCAGAGGCGACAAGCCAAGGAGGCUGCAGCUGUAGAAGAUCAGGAAUGA